UCUAUAUUUCUCUUACAAUUUAUUUUUUAAUUUUAUACAAAGGCUGCAAAAAAUCCCGAAAGUAUACAUAAAAAAAAAUACUUAUGCGCUAUCAUUAGAUAUCAAGAUCGGCGAGGCUUAUUUUUAUCGUAGUUAUCUGAUUUCUUGAUUUAAAUCGAAUGUACAAUUCAAAAUUAGUUGAGUACAUUAUCAAUUAAUAUGUAUAAUAUAGAAAGAAAGCAAAAAGCCAAAGAAGACACCAAAAUUGCAAAAAGCGAAACUAUGCCGCACACCUCUUGUAACUUUAAUAUUUUGUCUUUUAAAUAGAUGGUAUGUUUUAUUUUCUGUUUUGGAUUUUCGUGACUUAUUGCAUCUGCGUAUUUUUUUAAUACCUCUUUGUACAGCAUUUUUAACUGUUCAUGCUCGGAUUGAAGCUGUGAGAACAAAUAAUUAGUCAGUAGUGAUGUUUGUCGUUUUCUGUCAAACUUUGUGUGAACGUACAGACACUAUAUCUUAUAGAUUAAAUUACAUUUCAUAACAAUCUAUAAGAAUAAUAUAUACAACAUAUAUAGAAUAUGCAAUAUCAUGAAUGAAAUGAUUAAACGCAUAUCACGAAAUAUUUAGAAUUAUAAAUAUUAUCUGCUUUUAAUGUUUUUAAAUAUAUAUUUUUAUAUUUCAAAAUCAUUUCGAUAACAUUUUGAAGUUAUAACGUAGUUUGUAACAUUUCUAUAACAUUUCUAAGUUUAAUUAUACUAUUUUUAAACUUUUUAAUGUAUUAAAAUAAACAUUGUUUUGUGCAAUAAUUUCUUUGCAUUCAACUGACGCUCUGACGCAUGUAUUUGGUGCUUUUUUGUACCUCUUUUGAAAAGAUAAAAGUAAUCAUACGAAAUAUAUUGCUACCAAGGGGUUGACGAGGGUGGGUAAACAAUCAAUUUAUCACCACGGUGACGCUGUUUACGUUGUUUCCGCACAGUCUGUCGCACAUAUUUAUCGUAAAGUUGAUGAACGAAUAACGAAGCGACAUGGAGCCCCAGGAUCUCGAAACGAUCGGAAUAAUCACCUUCGACGGCAUAACAAAGAAUGCUCUGCGAUUGCAUCCGGAUGACAAGCAUCUCCUCUAUCCGAUGGGUCACAAGGUCGCCAUAAGGAACAUCGAAACCGGCGAGCAACGAUUCCUCAGCGGCCACACUAAUAACGUCUCGACGUUGUGCGUUUCUCCGUGUGGCGAAUACGUCGCUUCCGGGCAGAACAAUCAUCUCGGUUUCAAGGCCAUGGUGAUCGUAUGGAAUUACAAGGAGGGCACGAUGAAAGGUAGCUACGAAACGCACAAGGUCGGCGUCGUGGACCUGUGCUUCACCUGCAACAGCGACUUCCUCGUGAGCCUCGGCGGCAGGGACGACGGCAACGUGGUCGUCUGGGACGUCCGGAAGAGUUCUCUUAUAUGUGGAUCAUUCGCCAGCAAUGAUACGAGCGGCAAUGCGAAUAACAUAACAAGGACGAAUCUUCACGGCGAGUGCUUUGUUACCGCGGGCGACAGGACGUUAAAAAUCUGGCGGAUCGAGGCGGAGAAGCGUCGGAUGCAUAAUCUCGAUGUGGAAGUGGGCAAGUUAAAGCGCCUCGUGAACUGCGUUGCCGUGGACGAGAGGGACGAGAUCAUCUACUGCGGCACUUCUUCCGGUGAUAUCAUUACAGCAAGAUUGAAUCUGCGCGACGAUCUGCAAUGUGGAGAGCCGGCACGCCUGCCGGUGAUGAUCGGCUGCUACUCGAAGAUAACGCGCGACCCGAGGAAAAUGAAGACGGGCGAGGGCGAUCUGUACGCAGGCGGAGUGAGGAGUUUGCUGCUUCUAAAGGAUGGGAAACUGGUGGUCGGUACUGGCGACGGUACCAUCGAGUUGAUCCAGAUAAUAACCAUGAAGGAGAACCGAACGCGCAAGCCGUCCAAGUUUCCUAAUACGCCGCAGAUCCUCACCCAUCAAGCAGAAAACGUGUGCAGCGCAGUGACGUCCAUGGUUUUGCAUCAAAACGAAUUCGUGGUGGCCGGGACAUCCUGGUGCGAGAUCUAUCAAAUUCAGCUGUCAAAUUUUCAUAUGCGCCUACUCGUCACCUGUCACACUAGCUGCAUAUACAGUAUCGCGUUCCCACGCAAUCAUUCGGAGAUAUUCGCAACAGGCAGCAAGAACGAUGUCAGGCUGUGGCAACUGGAAAAGCAGAAGGAGAAAGUUCGUAUCACCGUAGCGAAUUUUAUUUGCUCCAGUCUACAAUUUGCGCGCGACGACCAAAUGUUGCUUUCUGCUUGGAACGACGGCAUAAUAAGAGUGUUCUCACCGCAUAACGGGGACUUUUAUUUUUCCAUUCAUAACGCUCAUACAAAAGCCGUGUCGACGAUCGCUGUCACGACCGACAGUAAUACGCUGAUUAGCGGUGGCUGCGAUGGCCAGGUACGUAUUUGGGACAUAAAAACUGAUGUGCCACGAUUGAUCAGUAUACUGAAAGAACAUCGGGGCCCGAUAAUGUCCUUGCACAUCUCGAGCAACAACGAGGACCUGAUCAGCUCGAGUACGGACGGCACGUGCGUUGUCUGGGAUAUAAUACGCUGCACUAGGAAACAUAUUCUUAUGGGAAACACAAUGUUUAUGAUGGCGCAAUUCACACCCGACGGUAUUCAGAUCUUGACAUGCGGUACAGAUCGGAAGAUCGCUUAUUGGGAGACUCUGGACGGCUCGCUAGUGCGGGAGGUCGAGGGUUCUAGCGCCGGAACGAUGAACUGUAUAGACAUCAGUCCGGACGGUCGAUUCUUCAUUACCGGAUCCAAUGACUGCACCGUCAAGAUCUGGAAGUAUGACAGCGCGGAUCUCACCCAUGUUGCUACUUUACACGCCGCGAUAAUCACCGCGUGUAAGUUCAGCACGGACUGCAAGCACGUAGUGACGGCUAGCGCCGACGGGACGAUUAUGAUUUGGAAAUGUCCGUCCGAGGCCUUAAAUGAUUCCAAGAGCGUGGGCCAGUCAGGAAGAACCGCUAACUCUGCGCGUAGCCUGCCCGACGCGGAUGUGGAUAAAUUAUCUCCGCGAAAAACGGAGGACGAUGCAAGUGUCGUGGCGGAUCAAACUGUACGAUCCUCCAAAAAAUCUACUUCGUCGUGUACAAGUGAUCAAAAGCCGCUGUCAGCUGCUUCCGAUCGAUGUAAAGAUUCUAAAAAAGAAAUCCGCCCAAAUAAAGAGAGAAUGCCUGCUUGUAAAUGCGUAUCGCGGAGUUCGGCAAGCUCCAAGUCAAGUGCAAGUACAUCAAACCAAUGUCGAUGCAGGGACGCUAAGAACGACGGAUCAUCCAGCAAAGCGAGGACGAUGGAAAAUCUGAAAGAGUCUUCAAACUCAUGCAGUAGAAGAUCCAUUACAUCAAAGACAUAAUGUACAAUUAUUUCGUAAGACUGAU